AUGGCUCUCAGCGGCAAGAUCGGACUCUAUUUCUUUCCAGGCUCCAGCUCCAUAUUCCCGCACUUUUUACUGUACCACUGCAACAUUCCUUUCACGCCACAGGCAGUACGUUUCCAGGAGCCAUCAAGCCUCAUCAGCGUCAACAACAAAGCUCAGGUGCCAGUUCUCGUGAUCGGCGACAAUGUUGUUACAGAGAACCCAGCAAUAGCUCACGCCAUCAAUAUUCUCGCUCCCGAGAAGCACCUAUUCGGUCAUGGCCCAGCCGAAUUCAUCAAGGUGUGCGAGUGGAUGAACUGGAUCUCAGCCUCGUUGCAUGCACAAGCCUGGAGUCCGUACAAGCGGCCGUUCCGUUUCACGACCGAUCAAUCAGCGGAAGGUCAAGCCGCUUUGCUGGCGAAAUCUGAACAGAACGUGCUCGAGCAGUUCUCAAGGCUAGAAAAGACGCUGGACGACAAGGGGCCGUGGGCUCUUGGUGAGACGUUCACGGCCGUUGACGUCUUUUUGCUGCCAUUCUUCCGGCUUGGACGGGAUGUUAUGAAGACCAACAUGGAAGUCUAUCCGAAAUGGACACAGAUUGUCAGUCGUUUGUUGGAGAUGAAGGCAGCGAAGCAGGCUCUGGGUGACGAAGAAGCGGCUAUGAAGCCAAGCUAG